AAAGAAAACCCGGCAGACUUAGUUACGAGAGGACUGAAAGCAUCCGAAUUGAUUAACAACACUCUUUGGUGGGAAGGACCCCCUUUCCUCAAAAAACGUGUUGACAGUUGGCCUCAAACUUUUGAAACAUCCCCGGAAGAAAAUCUCCUGGAAUUCAGAAAGAAGAAAGAGGAAAUUCCAAGUUUCUGCUUUAGUACAUCUUCCAAUGACCUAAGAAUUAAUCCGGAGAAUUAUAGUUGCUUUUUAAAAUUUUUGAGGACAAUAGCAUGGAUUAGACGUUUUAUUUCAAAGAUAAGAAAACAAUCUACCACUAAGGGACUACUCACAUCAUCAGAAAUUGAAGAAGCAGAAGAGUUUUGGAUCAAAUUUGAGCAAAGAAAAGCGUACCAUUCAGAAAUAUUGGCCUUAGAAGGUGGAAAAGAAAUUGACAAGAAUUCUUCCAUUCGAAGUUUUGCCCCCUUUUUGGAUAAUAAAAAAGUUUUAAGAAUAGGAGGCAGAUUGGAAAAUUCGAAAUUUGAUCUUGAACAAAAACACCCUAUCUUACUUCCUAAUAAAUGUAAAUUUACGGAACUGUUGAUUAGAAAUGAACACGAAGGAAUAUUUCAUGGUGGUGUUUCUGCCACCCUUUCUAAAAUUAGAAAUCGGUUUUGGAUCGCUAGAGGUCNAGAAUUGCAUAAUAUGUCGCAAAUAUUCAGCUCUACCUGCUAA